GCUCCGCCUUCUUCUCGCGACCAUUAAUAGGUCUCUGGCUGCUGACUGAGAACGACUGCACCGUCACAGGAGAGAAAAAUGAUUAACUGGAAGGCUUUGGACAACGUCCCCUUGCUUUUCUACAUCUUAGCCCUGAAGACGCUGCUGCUGUGUCUGGGGUUUGCUGGGGUGAAGAUCUACCAGAGUAAGAAAGCAGAGGCGGUCCUGAAGAAGCAGCAGGCUGAGAAGAGGAGGCUGGCCCAGCAGACGCAGGAGCUCAUCGACAACCUGAAGGAAGACUGACGAGUGGAGGGAGAGGAGCAGAACCUGCUGUACACGGGGAAGAGAUGGUAAUUACAUGAUAAGCAACAAACAACGCAUGACGGCACCACUGGUUGUUCUAAAUGUCUUUCUUUUAUUUGCAGUUUGGUUUAUUAUUAGUUAUAUAUGGAG